AUGGUAGCUGAUUCUGGGCCACAGUCCUUUCGGGAUCUCGUGCGAAACCAUAAUCGCUUUCUUGUAGGUCCUCUACAGUGGACCUCGUAUCAUCUUGAUCUGGUGGGGUGUCGAUUCGAAGAUGUCGCAACUCCCCCUGUCUCUGUCACGCUUGUCUCUACAGAUUAUUCUCACUACGAGAAGGGUCCACGCCACCGUAUUUACUGGGAUGAAAUUAGCGAUCCUGAAGUCUUGGCUAUUGGUCCGCAACCUGAGCUGAAGCGUGAGCGUCUGAUCAACAUCUUGGUAGGCAAGGAUUGCCCAUUUGCACAUACUAGCAAAGGACCUCCUUUCUUUUUUGAUCGUCGGUCUAUUCACCGGCCAGAGUAUAUCAUGUUUCAUAACAGUCAAGAAUCGAUCGAGGAUCCCUCACGCUCAUUAUUGGGCUAUGUGCACUACACAUUUGUCAAUGGAUCUCGCAAUCGGCAAUAUCGUCCAGCUCCAGGGGGACGUAGCAACGAGAUCGGUUGGAGAAUCCAUCUAAAGCGAAAAGCUCGGACAACUCCAAAGGAAUGGACCGACGAUCCAUAUUUUGUGUGUCAUUUGUUGGCUCUUGCGCAGCUAAAAGACCGCAACCGCACCGUCAAUCCAUCAAAACCAAUCACUUACACUUCACGUCUUCUCGCGACUCACAUACAUGAAAAACAUUUUAUCAUACUUUAUGAGGCCCAGAUCACUACCGAGGUCCUGAAUGCGCUCAGUCAUUGGAGGGAUGCAACAACCCCCAUCCAAUGGCCUACAAUUAAGCGCAAAAGAAUCCCAUAUCAGCCCUAUGAUACGUUUGCUAGCCGGCUUAUAGCGGAGAUAGGGGAAUCUAGGCCUUCCGACAGUCUGUCAAAUACAUCAGAUGGUGUGGAUGGUAUUGAUGAGCACGGUGGUAAACGGCCAUGCGAACCAGAAGAUAGUGGGUCAUCCAAGAUGAUGAGGACUUGA